UGUUUUUCGAAUGGCUUUUAUUUUUUCCUGUAAUUACGAUUUCUGUAUUCUUUUCUGUGUUUUCAGUUUUGUCUACCCUCUUCUUUCCAACAAGCAUUGUUUAUAUUAAAUAAUUUCUUCAAUUUUCUGAAUUUAUAAAUAAAAAACAAAACUGUAUACUUGGAUAAUAGUACAAAUCAAUAACCGAAAAUGAGUCUAAUAGAUAUAGAAAUUCAAUCGCAAGGCAAUUUAACAAACUACGAUAGUUAUGAGAAAAUGAAUUGUCUCCUGGCCAAAGACGAUUACAUUGAGACGCGCUGCGGUGAAAUAUUUAUUUCGCACUGCAAAAUCCUUAUAUUCUCGUGCAGCGAAUGCAAAGAGAACUUUUCCAGCUAUGAAGACUUCUUCAAUCAUCUAUGCGAACAACAUGUAUCCAUCGAUGAUGAGCUAAAGUAUGAUCCAGAGGAUGGGGAUCAUCUACUUGAUGUAGAGUAUUAUGAUGAAAAUCUUAUGGCGGGAACGGAUACCUAUCUGGAAGAAGAACAAGAACAAGAUGUGAAACCCACACUGCCAAACAGCUCACCAAAAAAAACAUUCACAAGGGAUGUUCACUCACAUGAUACCCUCUCACAAGACGGAUUAUCGCAGGAUAACGAAAUUUCACAAUACGAUGAUGAAGUUUCUCAGGACACUAUCCAGCAUUUCGAAGAAAUUGAUGAAUACGAUGCCAAUACUCUAGUCGAAUCAGUAGAUGAUAACAAAGCUGUCACAUUCCUUAACGAUUUCUCCAAAUUCCUUGAAAAAGAUUAUCGAGAAAUUGAUGACUGUGAGGUGCAAGAAAACGAUUCCACAGAGCAUACCACCAAUCAACAGCGCCCAAACGUUGAUCCAUUUGAUUUUGAUUUCAUGGUAGAUGAGACCCGUUUUGAAUGCUCCCGAUGUAACAGGAUAUUUGAUUCUCAACUUAAAUUAAGAAUUCACGCCAAAACACACACCAAGGAUCGCCGAUUCAAGUGCCACAUAUGUGGCUUCGCCUUCACUGAACAGUUCAAUCUCCGAUCGCACAUUAAGCGCCACAGCGGUAAAAAGCCCUUUGCUUGUAAUCAGUGCGAGAAGAAAUUCAUAACCAGAAACGAACUGAAAGCACACGUGCGAACCCACACGGGUGAACGGCCGUAUAUUUGUGAAGUUUGCGGCAAUGGAUUUGUAACAUCAGGAUCCCUUAAUGAGCACAGAAAACGUCACAACAACUAUCGACCUCAUAAGUGCACGCUAUGUGAUAAGUCAUUCUUCGACACGGGACUGCUCAGAGAGCAUAUGGUUGUUCAUACUGGUGAGCGGAAACAUUUCUGCGACAAAUGCAAUUCGUCGUUCACGCGACGGAAAGCUCUGUUACAGCAUUUGAAAUUACACUUGGCUGUCAAACAGUACAAAUGUACGUAUUGUGAGAAAGCGUUUGCCCAGAAGCCAGGGCUAGCUGCUCAUUUGAAAACGCACAGGAAACUAUUUGAAAUGACGAGAUCAGAGCUGGAAAACACACAAGCGCUGUAUGUUGAUGUUGAUGUUCUUGAGAUGAGUUAUAUCUUUAAAACACGACGACGACGACGCACGGUAGCAAUUAUUAUGGAAGAGUUCCUCGGCGACACCUUCGAAGAUUAUAACCUUCUAUACGAAAUGGCGACUUUUGAACACUUCGUCAACCAUGAUCCCCAGCCGCGAAAGUUCAGUGAAAUACUUAAGUGUGAUAUAAAUAAAUUCAUGUUCAUUUGUUCGCAAUGUGAAAGUGAGUUUGAAAAUUCGGAAGACUAUUACAUACACCAGAUUUUGGACCAUCAAGGUCAAACAUCGGAUAACACCGACAACGAACUCGAUAGCUGGUGCGAAAGAGAGCUAUUUGACGAAUUUGUAGAACAAUCAAAUCAAGAGUGUCCAACACAACUCAAGGAUUUCUAUGAAAGCGUCAACAAGAUUCUAAGUGACGAUGAAUCAAAUACACAACUUGUUGAAGACCUUGGCCAAACGAAUAGGUGCGUCAAACAAUUACAAUCUAUUGACUAUAAAGCUCUUCAACACACAUCAGAAACAGAAGCAGAAGCUGAACCCCUAGUCCUACAUCAGCAGGAAUCAGAAAAUGUUUCCAUAGAAUCUAGGACACCACCAUCUAUUGCUAUUGAUGCAACCCCCGCAGCGCACUUGAAAACCAUCAAAACAAGUCACAAUAAGAAGCCAGAGGGCAAGAGAAAAAAACAACGUACUCCAGGUCGAUGUGACGUGUGCAAUAGAUCAUUCAACGACUUGUACAAUCUGCGCAUUCAUAAGAUGAUACACACCGGUGAAAUGCCAUUUCAGUGCGAGGAUUGUGGCAAAGGAUUUCGCCAAUACAACAAACUCAAAAUCCAUUCAAUCACUCAUACAAAUAAUAAGCCUUUUGUUUGUGAUAUGUGCGGCAAGGGAUUCCGAUAUCGAAACUAUCUUGCGAUUCAUAAGCGAUUACACACCGGCGAGAAGCCCUAUAAAUGUAAAUUAUGUGAUGAACACUUUCAUUCCCUGCACAAUCGACGCUUGCAUGUUAAGUCCACCCACUGCCAAGUCGAGGAGAAUUUAACGUGCCACAUUUGCUCUAAGACUCUCUCGACCAAGUUUUACCUGCGAGUUCAUAUGAGCCGGCAUAGUAACUUAACCGACAUUAAAUGUUCGGUGUGUGAGAAGACAUUUUUUACGAUGGCUAAAUUUAAGGAGCACUUCGAAUCGCAUGCUGUUGAGAGUCCUUCGUGGUGUGAAAUAUGUCAGAUAAUGUUCCCGAGAAGUACAAUUUAUAGCGAACACCUUCUAAAUACACACUUCAUUGCUAGGCCUUAUUAUUGUCAUAUUUGUAGGAAGAAUUUUGCACAAACCACAGAAUUAUAUGCACAUAGAUCAAUUUGCACAAUCAAACAAAAUUAUCAGAAAAAAAACGAAUCCGCUCCAAAUGAGUCUGAUUUGUGUAAGGCCAUGGAACUUGUGUUGGAAAAAACAAUGUCACUGAGGAGCACUUUGGGGUAUAGACUAAGUUUGAAAAAACGGAAUCAGGCUCUAAAAAGUGAAGAGUACUCAUCCAAACAUACUGUUGCCCAAGUAUUCAACAAGACAGAAGAAGAAACAGCACUUUCAAAAGCUCCUUUCACACCAGACCGCAUCUUUAACUUGGACGAAACCGGUGUGACGAUAGUUGUACAAGCUCCUAAAGUCAUUACUCAGUGUGGACAGAAGCAAGUUGGGCAAAAUGUCUCGGCAGAAAGAGAGCAGCUUAUCACAAUGUGUGCGAUUGUAAAUGCAGCUGGAAACUCUGUAUCGCCGGUAUUUGUAUUUCCAAGAGCAAGAUUCCACGAUCAUAUGCUUAAGGGAGCACCAAACGGUUCGAUAGGACUAGCAAAUAGUCCCACAAGCGGAUGGAUGACAAGCCAGUUAUUUGUGAAAGUCCUUGACCACCUUCAAAAAUAUUCGAGGUCUACAACGAAUGAUCCAAUUCUUCUACUUCUCGAUAGCCAUGAAAGCCAUUGUUCUAUAGACGCUAUAAAGUUCUGCCGGGAAAAUGGCAUUGUUUUGCUCACUUUUCCACCCCACUGCACCCACAAGUUACAGCCUGAUGAAGACUUCGAUUGUAGUGAAGUUACUAACAGGAUCUUUAAUUCCCCAGAAGUGUCUCAACCAUCAAUACCAGGAAACACUGUAACAACUAGUGAACAGGUGCAGACACCAACAUCAAGUCAAGUUGCAGAAAUUUUGUCUUCAGAAAUGGUGAAGCCUUUUCCAAAAGCUGCUCCGCGAAAAGAAGGCUGGCGAGGAAGGAAAAAAGGAAGGUCACGCAUCCUAACUGAAACUCCAGAAAAAAAUGAAAUAGAAGCGGCCUUCCUAGAAAGACAAAAAAUGUUAACAAAAUCGGCAUUAAAAAUAAACCGGAUGCAAAAUACCAAACCAAAACGAACAACGAAGAGGACCAACGAUUCCAGUUCAGAAAACACGGAUGAAGAAGUCAUCUACGCUGAAACUGAUUCUGAUUUCGGAAACGCAGAGGACGAAGAAUAUGAGGAAGAAAAUUUGGACGGUUUGGGAUCAUCUUCUCUAAAUUCAGGAGUUUUUGUUUGGCGCUACGCUGUUGAUGAUAUUCCAAAUGAUGGUAAUGAAGUAGAUGUAGUGGUUAUUCCACCGGAUGUUGAUAUACAAACGGACGAGGAAGAUUUAUGUGAGGAUGACUUACUUGACUCCCAUAUUCCUGUUGACAUACCAGGAGCAGUAGAGGUUGAAGUCACCGAUGAAUUUGCCAGUGAAGACGAUAUCCCACUUGCUUGGCUAAGGGAUGAAAGCUCAGCGAGAGUGAAGGACGACAUUUCCCCAAAAAAAAUCAAAAUCAACUGCGAUGCCGGAUAUGCCACAGCAGAGUUCGAUGGAUAUGUGAGAGCUUCAAAAUAUUUCAUAACUAGUACAAUAGACUUAAAAUUAGAACAAAUCAAAGAGGAAGACUUCCUCGAAAAUGAAGAGGCAACUUUUGAAAAAGAUAUUGGUGAAACAAAUACUAACAUUGCUGAAUGUGGCAGAGUAUUUCUAGAUUUAGAAAUGAAAACUUUAAGUUUUGGUUGCUUCUUCUGCGAGACGACAUUUCCUCAAGUGUCUGACCUAUUUGAGCACGUUACCGACGCCCACAUCAUAAUGCCAACCGAAGAAACUGACGAACUAUACGAACUAGAAUCUUCAAUCAAUUGCAACAGCUUAGAGAACGCAGCUUGUCCCGAAUUACCUGAACAGAGUAAUGAUGAGCAUUCAACAUAUUUCAAGAGUAUCAUUCAAUCAAACGAAGAUCUCGAUGACGACGACAUCCAAAUUGAAACAGGUGAAUCUUCUUUCAAAUGUGAUAAAUGUCCGAAAACCUUUCGCACAAAGAAAAUUCUCUAUUACCAUUCGGCUGUUCACAUUGAUAGCGAAAUGAUCAAAUGUUCUCACUGCGAUCGGGUCUUCACCAAAAAACGCUACUUACAAAUGCAUCUUAACUAUCACCUGGACGAAAAAUCAUUCCCCUGUACCAUAUGCGGAAAACAAAAUCGCACAGCUUACCAGCUGAAGAUACACAUGGUCAAGCAUAGCUCGAAAAAAGAAUACGUGUGUGAGAUUUGUGGUUGUUCUUAUAGACUGAGACAUCACCUAAUAACGCACCAGAGGCAAGCGCAUGAAAAUAAACGACAAUUUAAAUGUAAUGAAUGUAAUAGGGCUUUUAAUACUCUUAAUUUUUUAAAUAUUCAUAAGUUAUCGCACUCUACGGAAAGAAAGCACGUUUGCAAUGUUUGUGGAAGCGACUUUGUUUGGAGGAAAAAUUUUAUUGAACAUACAAAACUACAUUCCAACGUUAAGAAACAUAAAUGCCACAUAUGUAAAAAAGCCUUUUUUCAAAAGUCUGGCUUAAUAACUCAUAUAAAAAGUCACUCGUGUUCAAUUGAAAUAUUUAUAAGUUAUUUUAGACUCAUCAAAGACGCAUUUUUGUAUGUGCUAAAUGAAAUCAAAGAUCAUUUGAAACAACCACAGCGUUCCUCCGCAAUCCCACCAAUUCUCAAACUCUGCACUGCCCUACGUUUCAUGGCAGAAGGAAGUUACCAAAAGUGCAGUGGUAAUGAUUUUAAUUUAGGCCUUGCUCAGCCAACAGUUUCGGUAGUGUUAAAAGAAGUGCUAGAAGUAGUAGAAGAACUUAUCUGUCCGCAAUGGAUUAAGCUUUAUGUGCAAAAAUUCAAACAACCUACUAUGAAUAUUCCCAUAAAUGAUCAACAAGCAGCUGAACAAACGAUUCUCCUCAACGCCAUUCGAAAUAAAUUUGCAAACAAUGAAAACCAUUCAGGAACUAGUCCACCAGUAUUCAGUAUACCAAGUCUUAAGCUUCCCCAAUUCUCACCCACGUCCAAUGCCUUGGAAAAUGCUAAUAAAGCUCCUGCAUCGAAAUUAAAUCAAUUUAUUCUGUCUAAGUUGGGAGAGAAUAAUGCUCAGACGAAUGUCACUGCGGGGUCCUUUAAAAUUCCUGACUUGAAAAUCGAAAGCGACUUUGUACCUCAAUCAUUUUCGUUGGGGAGAAAGCCAUCUCUAGAUCAAACAAAUUCAAAUUUAAGUGAAAGUAAUAUUAAUUCUCUUAACAAAGGCAUCAGUAAUUUGCGCGUGUGUGAAGAACAGAAAAACCACGUCAUUGAUCUCACUACAGCUCUGAAUCAAAGCACAACACUGACUGCAUCACCAGCCAAACAAAUGACAACGAAACCUAAUGCACCAAAUGCUAUAGAUUUCCAAAUUCCAUUUAUCGACUGUGAUCUCAAAGAGGCCAGUGAGCGGCUGCCAUUGAGAGAUGAAUAUUGCGUUACAGAUGUUUCGAAUUUUGCACAUCGACGUUUUAUUUGUGCUCCCUCAAGGCAAAAGAAGUAUAUUUACUUAUCCAAUGGGGAAGAGCUGGAGACAGCUAUUAUUGUUGGUGCUCUAAUGGAAGGAUUUAAUAAUGCUGAAAACAGCAUAGCAUCUGAGGAGGAUGAAGCUGACCUGGAAAACAUUCUUGAAGACCUUCUGAAUAUUUCAGAGGAAACAGAAAAACUUAUUGCCGAAAAAUAUCCAUACUUAAAAGUUGAUUCCAUCACAUCAAAAGAACAUCUUCUCGAGAAUACCCACAAAAAUGUGGUAAACAAAUCCACGACCAUUAUCGCAAGUCAACGAUUCCAAUGUGAUUUAUGUCCAAUGGCAUUUUCACAUCAAUAUAAAAUUAUACGACAUCUAAAGACGCACAGUGAAAGAUACAAAUUCCAUUUAAUCAUGUCAAAGCCAUUGAAAAAAGAAAAACUUAAUACAAGUUCAGAUGAAAAUAACAUAAAAUGUGGCGAAAUUAUGUUUUCAAACAAUACAAAGUUUUGUUUUUCGUGCACAUUUUGUCAAAAAAAUUGCCAUAGAGUCAAUGAAUUCUUUCGGCAUGUACUUUAUGAUCACUUAAAUUAUCUGGAAGAUUAUCAAUUCGAUGAGAAUGAAGAUUUAAUGUCUAAAUUUCUGGAUUCAACUAAAUUAAUCGAAGAUGAACAAACUGAAUUUGUAAAUGUUGACAAUGAGGAACGUUCUAAAAAGGGUAGGAAAAAUGUGGGCUUUAGUAACCAUUUUGAAGAAUUCGUUUGCCAAAACAUUCCCAGCAAUGUGAGUAUAAAAUCAGAAGCAGAAGACGAUGAAGACGAAGAAGAGGAUUAUAAAGAAGACAUUGAAGAAUUUGAAUUCUUCCUUGAAAACGAUCAACCAACACAACAUUCAAAUUCGCCGGAACCAACCAAAGACUUCAAUGAUAUUCUGCAUAUUGAAUUUCUAGAAGAGCCCAGCGAGAACGAAUACGAACCCGAAAACUCAGAUAUUGUCGAAAGUAAUUCUCUAAGAAAUCAGAGCGACGGUGAAGAGGAGGAUGAAGACGACAAUGAAGAAGAUCAAGGAAGCAAUAGCGGCGCAGAACGUCAUAAUUAUAAUAGUGAAGACGACGACGAAGAAGAAGAGGGAGAAGAACAUCCCAGGCUUAUCAUCACCCAAGGAGAUGAAACCAAAGAAAACAAUUUCAAGUGUCCAUAUGGACAAUGUAAAAAAGUUUUUAUGACAAAGAAUGGAGCUUAUAGGCAUAUUCAAAACAUUCAUAAGACCAACGGAAAACGGGUAGUUUGUGAAACGUGCUUCAAACCGUUCAACAAUAAGAGCCAACUCGACAGACAUAUGUUACGGCAUUUGGGUGUCAAACCGCACGCGUGCGAAAUAUGCGGACAAUGUUUUUCAGAUAAGUCCAAUCUGAAUGUUCAUGUGAUGCGCCACAAAGGCAUUAAACCGCACGCCUGUUCGCUUUGUUCAAAACGUUUCCAUUCUAGUACGGAGCUUAAACUACACACACGGUCACACACUGGCGAACGUCCUUUUGUUUGUGAACUAUGUGGCAGGAAGUUCUCGAACUCAGGACAUUUAUGUAAUCAUCGGAGGCGACACUUCGGUGAGAAACCAUUCGAAUGCGACGUCUGCCAGAAGCGAUUCUUCGAUCGUAAACUGUUGAACGAUCAUAAAGUCAUGCACUCAGAUGAGAGACCCUUCGAAUGUGUUACCUGUGGAGCGACUUUUCAAAGGAAAAAGGCUCUGCUGCAACAUGAAAAACUGCACAGUGGGAUUAAACAGUAUGUUUGUAAGAUAUGUGGUAAAUCGUUUGCUCAAAAUGCAGGAUUAUAUUCUCAUAUGAAGGGUCAUUAGAUUUUAAACACAAUUUUAAUUAAUAAAAAAGAAAACUCAGAGAAA